AUGAAUACUGCCUCAACUUCAGAAAGUGGAUCGUAUUCCACAAACCACCCAAGACCCUUCUUUUAUGCACAGCCAUCAGCACAACAGCCUUAUCCAAAUCCAUGGUAUCUCAGUCAUGCAUACAGUCCAUACUGCGUACCUGCUCCAGGUUUCCGAAGUGGAAAUCCAUAUUUUCCAUUUUGCUCUGUUGCGCUCCAUGAGUACCCUGGAUUUUUUGUUCCACAGCAUCCAGUGCAUGCAAGAAUUAACAGAAGGCCUUAUUUUAAUGCUGCCCCACCUUCCCCUAUGUUUUAUCAUGCAACAAGAUUUAGACAUUAUAAUAGCCCUGGAAAGAAAAUGGAGACAAAAGAAACACAGACUGAUCCUAGACAGCCUGAAAGCAAGCAAAAAAAGCAUCAAGAUAUCCGUACAGAAACGAAAGGUUGUGAUGCAGGAAAUAUGGCCUGUGUUUCUCCUGGUAAAGGUACAGAGAUUGAAAGUACUUCAGAGAAACAAGAUACAUUUGGAUCUUCCAUUGUGGUAGACAGGGAGUUUCAUAAUAAGACCCCUGCCAGCUCCACGCAGUAUAGAAAUCUUCCUACUGGAAGCUAUGCCUUUGAGAAGGAAGARGUGAGGAUAGAAUAUGGAAAUGGCUCCCCAGCUAUUCAGCUGUGGAAGUCCUUUAAAGAAACUAUCCCGUUGUAUGACGUGGCAAGUGGUAAACCAGUUCCAGAGAACAUAGUGCCGCAUGACUUAUUUUCUCUUAGCUCAUGUGAAGGCAUGAUAUAUGGCUCUCAUGAAGGGGAGAAAGUGGUGCCAGGAGCUUCCUUAGAUGAGAGAAAAGCUAUUGUCACCUCCAAACAGGUUGCUGAAACWGUGCAAGAGAAAGACAUAGUCCAAAAUAAUGAAGUGCAGCUGGAUACAGAAAAGCUGGCAAAAUCCACCCCAGGUGAAACCAUGGCAGUGAAAAUCACAGAGUUGGCAAGAUCUGUCAGCAUCGAUCAACCAGUGGUAAGACAGGAUGUGGUGACAACUAAGAAAUCUAGCACUAAAAAGUCUGCAGGCUCAAAAGCUUCUCAGGAAGAGCCCAGCUUUAUUCAACAAGCAGGACUACUUCCAUCUAAUAUGGAGGUAAUGAGUGACUUUCAGCAGAAAAAGCUGAAUUUAAGCCACAGCGCAACCAGUGAAAGUCAGCCAGAUAAAAGUGUUUGGUGUGACAAAUCAAUGGAGAAGUUUGCUCCCUCUAGCAGCUGGCUGGCUUGUUUGGACAGUAUGGACACAAAUUACAAUGUUUGUAUGCCACAAAGGAAGCAUCAAAGUGUAAUCAGUCUUUCUUCYGAUGACAUGUCCUCUAGAGAGGAAGGCUCAUCAAUUGAUAAUGCCCCAGUGUCUUAUUUUGUCCCUGACUAUGUGCUUCAGAAAAGCAUGUAUACCUUUCAGAAAAGUACAGAGGGCUUGGAGAAAGAGCAAAUUAAAAGUGUUGGGUCCCUAAAUGUAGAUGAAGUGGUUGGAAAGGAACAGGUGAACAGCUUGAAUGACCAAGAUGUCAACUCUUCAAACACAAAGAUUAAAGAGGCUUCCAGUAAAGGUAGAGCCCUUUCUAGGUCCUCUAGUAGGAAAGAAAUAGAUUCUCUCAACAAAAGAGCAACUAAGAGUCUGUCAGAAGUUGAGGACUCUGAAGAAUGUUCUGUGAAGGGAGAAGAGGAAGAUGAAGAGUAUGAGGAGGAGGAAGAUGAUGAUGACACAGAUGAAAUGGAGUAUUUCUUUGAAGAAGCUCCUUCAUAUGGAAUCUUGAAGCCAAGUAAAGGAAAUUUCUACCAAGUUGGCCAGAGAGUGCUUUGGAAGCCAUGUAAAAAUGCUGUACCCACACAAUUAAUUAGCUGGCCUGCUCAAGAGAAAAUAAAAACUAGGAGUGGGCUUGUUGAAAGUAUUGGUGUAGUUUACAAGCCAAAGAAGAGGGAACAAGAUGAAGUUGUAUACAGUGAUUAUGGGUAUUAUGGAAGAAAGAGGCCAAUGACAAGGAGAGAAGGACUUGAACACCAACGAAUGCUACGGAAAUUCUUGGGAGGUGAGCUAAUUGCGAAGAACAAAGUGCUGAUUAGAAGGCUGUUAAGGGACAACAUGGGGAUACCACCUGAAGAGUACUGGAUUAGUAGUGGUGCUAAGCCCAAAUUUACCAGUCAAAUACGUGGUAGUCUCUCACCUCUGGCAAAGAACAAAGAACAAGUUAAUGUUUACUUGGAGUUCAGAUCUGGUUUUGAUGCUUUUCAAGGGUGUUUGAGUGCAGGUGCUGUUGGAACAGCUACRGAAUUUGCUGUAGGGUAG